AGAAGGUCAAUAAAAAUGGAGGCCUCAUCUUCUGGAUCUAUUAUACUACCAUCUCCAGUUGGGAAAACCAUAACUCGUCAGCCAGAAGGAAGAGAGCUUUGUCAAGGUCGCCAGCUGGAAACGCAAAUACCAAUAAGGCUUGACGUUCAGAAGAGAGAUGUGGAUUUUUCAGAAAUUCUUAAUGCAAUACAAGAAAUAGCCAAGGACGUCAAUAUUUUCUUUGAUGAGUUAGAAGGAGUAACCAGCCCUUCCAAAGAUGAUGAUUCUUUGCUUCACCAUGGCAACCUAACUAGUACUUCAGAUGACACUAGCAGGUUGGAGACAGUAGGAGAGGGAAUACCUGAAAAAAAUAAAUCCAAUGGGCUGUAUUUUAGAGAUGGGAAAUGUCGGAUUGACUAUAUCUUGGUAUAUCGGAAAUCCAACCCCCAAACUGAGAAAAGGGAAGUGUUUGAAAGAAAUAUCAGAGCAGAAGGUUUGCAAAUGGAGAAAGAGUCGUCUUUAUCAAACAGCGAUAUCAUCUUUGUGAAGCUGCAUGCUCCAUGGGAAGUGCUGGGCAAAUAUGCCGAACUUAUGAAUGUAAGAAUGCCUUUCAGGAGAAAAAUCUAUUACCUGCACCGCCGAUACAAGUUCCUGAACAGAAUCGAGAAACAAUUAAGCAGGUUUCGAGGAUGGCUACCUAGAAAGCCAAUGAGGCUGGACAAAGAAAGACUUCCGGACCUAGAGGAAAAUGACUGCUACACUGCUCCUUUCAGUCAGCAAAGAAUUCAUCACUUCAUCAUCCACAACAAAGACACUUUCUUCAACAACGCUACAAGAACUAGGAUUGUUCAUCAUAUUUUACAGAGAGUAAAAUACGAAGAAGGAAAAAACAAAAUUGGUCUGAAUCGAUUGCUUACUAAUGGCUCCUAUGAAGCUGCAUUUCCUCUUCAUGAGGGUAGUUUCAGAAGUAAAAAGUCCAUAAGAACCCAUGGGGCAGAAAACCACAGGCAUCUGCUUUAUGAAUGCUGGGCUUCGUGGGGAGUUUGGUAUAAAUACCAGCCUUUGGAUCUUGUACGACGGUAUUUUGGCGAGAAAAUUGGCUUGUAUUUUGCUUGGUUAGGCUGGUACACAGGCAUGCUCUUUCCAGCUGCCUUCAUCGGACUGUUCGUCUUCUUGUAUGGAGUAGCCACACUGAACCACUGCCAAGUCAGUAAAGAAGUCUGCCAAGCUACAGACAUUAUAAUGUGUCCUAUAUGUGAUAAAUACUGCCCUUUCAUGAAGUUGUCAGACAGCUGUGUUUAUGCCAAGGUUACGCAUCUUUUUGACAAUGGAGCGACAGUCUUUUUUGCUGUUUUCAUGGCAGUGUGGGCAACUGUUUUCCUGGAAUUUUGGAAGAGAAGACGAGCAGUAAUUGCCUAUGACUGGGAUUUAAUAGACUGGGAAGAAGAGGAGGAAGAAAUACGGCCCCAGUUUGAAGCCAAAUACUCCAAGAAAGAGCGGAUGAAUCCCAUAUCUGGAAAGCCAGAGCCUUAUCAAGCAUUUGCAGAUAAAUGCAGCAGAAUUAUUGUUUCUGCAUCUGGAAUAUUUUUUAUGAUCUGUGUGGUGAUUGCUGCUGUUUUUGGCAUUGUUAUUUACCGGGUUGUGACAGUCAGCACUUUUGCUGCCUUUAAGUGGGCUUUAAUCAGGAAUAACUCCCAGGUUGCAACUACUGGAACAGCAGUCUGCAUCAACUUUUGCAUCAUCAUGCUACUGAAUGUCUUGUAUGAAAAGGUUGCUCUUUUUCUUACAAAUUUAGAACAGCCUCGUACUGAGUCUGAGUGGGAGAACAGCUUCACUUUGAAAAUGUUCCUUUUUCAAUUUGUCAAUCUGAACAGCUCUACCUUUUAUAUAGCAUUCUUCCUUGGACGAUUUACAGGUCACCCUGGUGCCUACCUGAGGCUGAUAAACAGAUGGAGGCUGGAAGAGUGCCACCCUAGUGGAUGCCUUAUAGAUCUCUGUAUGCAAAUGAGUAUCAUAAUGGUGCUAAAGCAGACUUGGAACAACUUCAUGGAACUGGGCUAUCCGUUAAUUCAGAAUUGGUGGACCAGAAGAAGAGUGCGGCAUGAGCAUGGCUCCCACCGAAAAGCAACCUUCCCACAAUGGGAGAAGGAUUACAACCUCCAGCCUAUGAAUGCUUAUGGACUCUUUGAUGAAUACCUAGAAAUGAUUCUUCAGUUUGGAUUCACAACCAUCUUUGUGGCUGCUUUUCCACUUGCUCCGCUUUUGGCUUUACUUAACAAUAUUAUUGAAAUUCGUCUCGAUGCAUACAAAUUUGUCACACAGUGGAGACGGCCAUUGGCUUCAAGAGCCAAAGAUAUAGGGAUCUGGUAUGGAAUUCUAGAAGGCAUUGGAAUUCUUUCUGUUAUUACAAAUGCAUUUGUUAUAGCUGUAACUUCGGAUUUUAUCCCUCGGCUCGUUUAUGCUUACAAAUACGGCCCAUGUGCAGGCCAAGGGGAGGCUGGACAAAAGUGUAUGGUUGGCUAUGUUAAUGCAAGUUUAUCAGUAUUUCUAGUGUCUGACUUUGAACAUCGUUCGGAACCAGCAUCAAAUGGAAGCGAGUUCUCUGGCUCACCAUUAAAAUAUUGCAGGUACAGAGACUAUCGUGACCCUCCUCAUUCUCCAGUGCCCUAUGGCUACACACUACAGUUCUGGCAUGUCUUAGCUGCACGGUUGGCAUUUAUUAUUGUAUUUGAGCACCUCGUCUUUUGCAUAAAACACCUGAUUUCCUAUUUAAUCCCAGACCUUCCAAAAGAUCUAAGAGAUCGAAUGAGAAGAGAAAAAUAUCUGAUUCAGGAAAUGAUGUAUGAAGCGGAACUGGAGCGUCUCCAGAAAGAACGGAAAGAGAGGAAGAAAAAUGGAAAAUCAUGCAACAAUGAGUGGCCAUAAGUAGCUCUCCAAGAACUACCUUCAAGAAAAUGAAAAAGAUGCAACCUCAAUGCAUGCCUCAAACAUCUGACAUAGCAAACAGGGCAGCACAUUUCAGGUUUACUACUGUGGAAUCACUUUGCAAUUGGCAUAUGAUCAUUAUUCGUAAGUCAUUCUAGAAAAAGCAAACAUGUAAACUCCAGUUUUUAAAAGGAAGAAAAUGUGUACUAGGGAUGGGGACUAUUUUUCACCGUGUUUGCUACUUUUUUGCAUUAUGUCCCAUGUGACUUUUUCAAGUCUUCAGAUAGUACAUAUGCAUACAAAUCUGGAUACGUCAGCAAUGACUAUCAUCUCUUACUGACAUAACAUACU